AAAAAUCUGACCGCGAAGAGAGCGACGUUAGGAGAUGACGGAUAUUGUUCGAAACAUUUUACUACACACACACAAGUAACCCCUGCACACAGAGAUGAAGCCGCCAUAGCCCCAAAAGAGUUGAUAAAACUCGGGUGGUGUCGUAUGAUGGCUGACAGAUGGCUAUGGGAGAAGCUAAUGUGCGAACCAGAAGACUGACUCGCUUUCUUCACCUCGGAUCGUUAAACGGCUACCGUUCUCUCGGUCUUUGUUGGAACUCGUAGGUAGAUAUAUAUUGCUCAAGAUGGGAUCCGGAGGAAAAAACGUUACCGAACUCUUCGACCUACUCGAGUCCAACAAACUCAGAGCCGUGGAAGAGACGAAGAAAGUAUUUCAUGAUCAUUUUCUAGCUACUAAAGAUAACUGGCUCGUUAAUGGACUAUUCGAUUAUUAUCUUUCAACAAACUCUCUCCGAGCCGUUGAGGUAUUGGUCGGAGUCAAAGAACCUCACGAUAAACAUUUGCUGGACCGUCUGGCGGAGGCUCUAAUCAAGCAUAGCGGCAACGGGCAAGGUCAGCGGGUUCAAGCCCUCACACUACUCGGUCAUGUCGUCAGACGACAUCCCACAUGGAUUUACAAACUCCCCAACCAUUGCCUCUUUGAAAGACUACUUAAGCUCCUUAAGGUGGAUGGAGAAAUAUUGGCAUUGAUGAGCGCCCUGCUACUGUUGGUAACUCUACUACCGAUGCUGCCGGUAUAUCUCAAUCCAUUCCUCAACGAUAUCUUUGAAGUAUUUCCUAGACUCGCAGCGUAUCACCAUCAACAAUCAUCCUCUUUGGCUUCUUUGGCAAACUCAGCUUCAUCUUCCGCGGAUAUGGAGAGAGACAGACUUUAUCUUUUACAUCUACAGGUCGGAUUAGACAGCCUGUUCCACAGACUGUACGCUAUGUAUCCGUGCAAUUUUAUCUCCUUCUUGAAACAACACUACAGGCAACGUGAUCUGUCAGCAUUUGCACACACCGUUAGACCAAUGCUCGACUCCGUGCCGAUGCAUCCUUCGCUCGUAAUCGCAACCGAAGAAAAAGAGACUUCUGCAAGCAGGUGGAAAAAAAUGGAGCACCACGACGUCGUCGCCGAAUGCGACCGUUUUUCGCUUAACAGAACUCGAGACGAUGUGCCAAUUCACACCGGGCAUCACCCGCACUUCAUGCACACCUUGCUAGAAUCCUCUCGCUCUCAUGGACUGAUAGACGGCGGCGUAAAGUCUGUGAUAAAAAGCACGGACGAGGAGGGAUUCUGGUCGCCCAGCAUGACCAUGCCUCCCAACAGCCCUCCGCCUCACGAAACACGAUCCACACCUUCGACGCCAAAUAACAUUAGAAUCGGGGCAUCGCCACCAGAAGCAGCUGUCGAAGCAACACCUGAGACUACUCCGGUCAAGGAUUUAAGGCAGCUACCAGCUCGGCUGGCUCCUGCAAGUUCCGCUGCAGUUCGGGCUUUCACGUUUGGCAAUGGCUUGUCAAGUGAUUCUCGGCCUUCGACUCCUACCGCAAUGAAUCCCUCUUCGACUGCCGUAGUAAGCAGCGCUAGUGGCACCGUUGAUAACAAUUCAAACAGUACAAAUUCGCAUGCAAUUUUGUCUCAGAAAAUCACAAAGUUAUUCGCAGAGAGGCAGUCGAGCCAGCUCGGCCACUCUCAUGCUUCAACACCCUCUGAAUUUGAGCCGAAUAAUGACAGCUUGAGGAGCCUGCAAGACCUCGAUCCUUACGUGCCCAUGAGUGCUAACGGAGGCAACGACUACUGGCAAGAAGACCACGAGGUCCUGGAAAUAGUGAGAGACUCCCAAAAAAAUACCAUCGGCGCCCCAGAAAGCAACACCGGUUAUAUGAGCGAAGAAAAAUAUGUCGAUAGCACAUCUGCGAAGAACGCCCUGGCUGACCUCUCACGGACUGUCCAUCGUCUCCGCUUCUAUUCGCAAUGCCAGGCUCCGAUGUCUCAACAAAUAUUCCACAAUCCUAACAAGGUACGAAGAACCAACUCCUGUCCAGAAAUGCAAGUAAAAGACUGCGACAGUUUGGACAGCGCAAAAACAGCUUGCGGAGAGAUAAAGAAUGUCGAAAGGAGCACCGAAGAGGCAAGCACCCAGACGCAGGAUUUAGUUCCAUACGAACAUCUCCUAUUCGGCAUUGUAUCCAGCGGACCACCUCAUCGUGACCAGUCGAGUAAAUCUAGUUUGGAUUCCUGUCUUCUGCCUAACUAUAUGGUGGACCGCUACAUCCAGGCUUGUGCCAGAAUCAACCAUUACGGAGAAUACAGUAAACCGACAAAGGGGAACGGCAAACACAAACAACUGAGGCCAAAAAAGAAGGGUACGGAGGACGACGCGUCGUCCGAACUUGCGGAGGACGACGGUGUAGAUCACAUAGUUCAUAUGGAUUUAGAUAGCGGUAAUCAGCUGUUGCAGCUCACGCAAAUGCAAUUACAAUUCGAACGGCAACGCAGGGAAGUGCACGCGGAACGCAACCGAAGAUUGCAAGGAAAGUUGCGGGACUCUCAGGCCCUCGAGGAAGACAACUCCGCGCUGAGGGACCGCUUGAGGAUCCUCGAAGCGGAGGGCGAAGAUCUGAAGGCCGAGCUCGAGCGGACGAAAAAGGAGGCGCGUCAGGCGGAGAAGAGGCAUCUGGAGACCCACAGCUAUCUGCAGAUGCAGUGCGCUGAGGAACAGCAACGGUCGCGCGACUUGGACAGACUCGCUGAGGUCCUCAAACUGGAGCUCGAAGAGGAACGGGCCAAGGUCGCUCAAGGACUUCGGGAUAUUCGCGCCGCUGAGGCGGCCCUCUUCGACGCCGCGCACCACCUUAAAGGCGCGUUGAAGGCCGCCAAUCAGGGUAAAUUGCUGAAGUGCGCUCUGGACGCGUUGCAGAAGCGCUUCCUGCUGCUCGGCGAGGUCCAGUUGAAACUGCAAGAGAGAACGGUCGGUCCGACGACGAUGGCGAGACAGGAAGCCGCCCAGAUUCAGAGAGCCUACGCGGAGGAGAUAUCGAGCCUGCGACGCCAAGUGGAGUCCAGGACUUCGCUCGUCGAAGCGCUGAAGGCGCGCCUGGUGGAGCUGGAGGGCGGAGAGGCGCAGCGGGAAGCGUUGCUGAACGAGCAGCACCAGCUCCUGCAGGAGGUUAAGGAGCGCCACGAAGCGGAGCUCGAGGCCCUGGAGUCCAAGUACAAAGCGCAGCGGGCGAUCAAUCUACACCUCGAAGAACGCGUACUGGAGCUCCUCGGCUCUCUGGAGGACAAGAGCUCCACGGUGAACGCCUACGCGACUAACACCGUCUCCUCGGCUUCCCCCAAGGAGCGAUCUCCCCCGCUGUCCGUCAGCCUGGCCUCCUCCAGCGAAGGGAGCCUGGCGUUCAUGCACUCCGGGGGAGGCACAGGAAUCGUUAUGAGCGACUGCUGUGACCCGGCCGGGGAGAUAACGAAUCUUCAGGCGAUCGUCGACCCCGGACCGAGUCCGUCGCACACGGGGCAAACGCAGCAGCGCCAACCCUCUGCUUGAUAAAAAGGAGCGACGAUAAACGAAGAAGGAUUACGUAACAUAGCCUCUCUCUUCCCUUGUCCUUGCAUCCGCACUUUGUCGGUUGUACAACGAUGCGGUUGAAAUGAAGAAUAUCUUUUAUAGCUUCUAACGAUUAAUCAUGAUUCCUGAAAAAAAAGUCAGUGUGUAUAACGAUAAUUAUCGAGUAGAGACCAAGAUGUUCUUUGCUGAACGUUUAAACUGAGGGGGAGGGGGAACGAAGAAUCGGAUCGAAUUGAGAAACGUUAGUGCGAAUAUCCCGUUUGUUGGAUUACGACGGGUUGGAAUAUCUCUGAGCCUCGAUCGAACCGGUUCCCAUUGUCGAAUUCAGUCUGAAUAAAAAAAAAAUGAAAUAUUUUGUGAGCAAUCUUAUAACGAAUGAUAAUUUUUCUUCGAACCAACCCUGUCAUCUCCCCGUUGACCAAGGUACAACUUUAGCCUCGUCCCGAGCAGCUACUGCCCGAUCUAAUCCUAGAGAAUUAACAGAAAACUCAAAUUUCAUCUUUUGCCGUAGAGUGAACUGGUCAAAAUUGAACAAGCCUUUUUCUCAGCUAACUGCUGUUGCGGAAAAAGGAAUCAUCGUCAAUGAAAAAUAAAAACAAUAAAUAAAUAAAACUAUAUUAAUAAAUUGUCCCGAGCGCGUGAAUGUCAGCUUGAGCUUUUCGAUUACUGGUGAUGAGAGGAAAAAAAACUAAAGAAAAAAAAUAAAAGAGAAAAAAAAAAGGUGGUGAAUCAGAAUGAGUAAAUGCGGCGCUACGAGUAUAAAAAAUAAACAAAAUAUAUUAAUACACAUGUAUAUACAAAAAUUAAUUUAUAUAAUACUGAAUGUAUAUUAAACAUCUAAUGGAUGUAUACGUACGUAAAAUAAAAAAAUGUCCAACGACGCUAAUAGGUAAUCGUUACGCUAUCAUGUACAUAAAAAUUCAUUCACAGAUUGCAACUACGUUGUGACAAAUAUAUUGUAUUAUAUAGCAAUAAAGAUUAAUUGACAGCA